GGGACACUGCCGCUUCCGCCUGGCGAUAGCGAUACUGAUUCCGGGAUCUGUGCUGACUCGGAUAAUCAGCUCUCACCACGACAUAUCAAUGCUGCCGCAUAUUUGGAUAAUAAGUCGAGAAGUUUGCAACGCAAGGCUGAAAUAGCUGUCUACCGUGAUUACUUGACACCAGAAAGUGCAUGGUGA